AAGCUGCGUGAAUUAAAUGUCCACGUUACCACGCUACCGCUGAUCAAACAGUGAAUUUCGUCACGUUUCUGUUUGUCGUUAUUAUUGUAUCUCUAACGUGGCUCGUAUAGUCAUUCAGCUACUCUUAAAAGUCCUUGGUAAAUAAAUUCAUCUAUCAAUCACUUUCGAAAUGGUAUUGGAUAUCGAAGCCUUUCGUGCGGAUAAAGGAGGCGAUCCUGGUAAAGUGCGGGAGAAUCAGAUCAAGCGAUUUAAAGAUCCUGCUCUUGUGGAUAAAGUGGUCGAGACCGAUAAUAAAUGGAGAAAACUGAGACAUGAUUUGGACAACUGGAAUAAAUUAAAAAAUGUCUGUAGUAAAGAAAUUGGCAAAAAGAUGAAAAAUAAAGAGCCUAUAGGGGACGAUGAUUCCCUACCUGAUGGCAUUGCGUCAGAUCUUAGUAUACUUACUUCUGACUCUCUUCAGAAACUGACUGUGAAGCAAAUCAAGAAAAUAAGUACAUUGAUGGAUGAAGAAAUCAUCCGUUGUAACCAAGAUCUAGUGAAAUACGAAAAUGUUCGUAACGAAUCUUUGAAAGAAGUGGCCAAUUGGUUACAUGAAUCUGUUCCUGUGAGUAAUGAUGAAGAAGAGAAUAUUAUUGUCAGGACUUGGAGUGACACUGAAUCUAGAAAAAAGUAUUCUCAUGUAGAUUUGAUUUCUAUGAUUGAUGGUGUUGAUAGUGAAAGAGGUGCAGUCACAGCUGGAGGUAGAGGUUAUUAUUUAACUAGUGCUGCUGUCUUUCUUGAGCAGGCAUUGAUUCAGUUAGCUCUUAGAAUGCUGCAUGAAAAGAAAUAUAAACCUCUCUAUACUCCUUUCUUUAUGCGUAAAGAUAUUAUGCAGGAAGUAGCCCAGUUAAGUCAGUUUGAUGAAGAGUUGUAUAAAGUAAUUUGCAAAAGCAGUGACAAAGGAGAUGGCAGCAUUGAUGAAAAAUACUUAAUUGCUACUUCUGAGCAGCCAAUUGCUGCCUUUCACCGAGAUGAGUGGCUACCAAUUGAAUCAUUGCCCAUUAGAUAUGCUGGUAUAUCUACUUGUUUUAGACAAGAGGUAGGAUCUCAUGGACGUGAUACAAGAGGAAUUUUCAGAGUCCAUCAAUUUGAGAAGGUGGAGCAGUUUUGCUUGACUUCACCACAUGAUAAUAAAUCAUGGGAGAUGUUUGAUGAAAUGCUUAACAAUGCAGAAGAAUUUUGUAAGGCUCUUGGUAUACCGUACCGUGUUGUGAAUAUAGUAUCUGGUGAAUUAAAUAAUGCUGCAGCUAAAAAACAUGAUAUUGAAGCUUGGUUUCCAGGCUCGGGUGCCUUCAGAGAACUUGUCUCGUGUUCAAAUUGUUUAGAUUAUCAAGCUAGACGGCUUCAAGUUCGCUAUGGUCAGACAAAGAAGAUGAAUGCUCAAGUUGAUUAUGUGCAUAUGCUGAAUGCAACUAUGUGUGCAACGACGCGAGUUAUUUGUGUGAUUUUGGAAAAUUACCAAACGGAAACUGGCGUUCAAGUCCCAGAGGCUUUGAAGCCUUUUAUGCCACCUGGCCUGGAAGAUGAAAUUCCAUUUGUAAAACCUGCUCCCAUUGAUGAAGCUGAAACUAAGAAGCAAAAAAAGCAGAAAGAUGGAAUGAAAAAGAAAGAAUAGUUAUAAAUUAACGAAACUAUUAUUCCAUGCAUUGCUUUCCACAUUAAUAUUCCAAUAAUUUAUUAUAAUGCAAAUGCUUAUAUUUAUUGAAACUUUUUAAAAACAAUGAAUUUUUUAAAUACAUUUUUAGUUAGUUAAUUGUUUUCUCUUUCAUAAAAGACAUAUAUUAUGUUGAAUUCAAUUUUCCAUUCUUAUAUAAAAUAUCUUUCUUCAAUCGUAUAAGUUAUCAAUAAAUAAUUAAUACCUCUGUUUAGUUGUUGGGUCAUCUUAAAUUAUAAAA